AUGAUGAUGAUGGACUGGGGUGGUGGUUUUCAUGUCUCAAAAGAGGAAGGAGUUUUAGUUAAAAAUUUAUUGAUCUCUCGAAACAUAAGUGGAAAAAUUCUUAUUUCCUCAUACCGUGAUAAUCUGGUCAACGCUGAAGUAGAGCGCAAAAUAUCGGAUGUCUCUUCGUCAUCAUCAAGUGAAGAAGAUGAACCAAAAAGUAAACGAAGUCGUCGGAAGCGUAAGGAAGACCAGAACGAGGAACUAAAUCCUCGACGAAAGAAGCUAAAUGCUGCGGAGUUGGAGAAAAUUGACGCAGCCGCAGCUGUAGGAGAUGAUACGGUGUUCAAAUGGGCGGAUUACUUUGGAGAGAACAACACGCUCUUUGUUGUUGAUGCCAAAAAGAAGGGUAAUGUUGGAAGAUUUUUGAACCAUUCAUGCGACCCGAAUGUCCAAGUGCAGCAUGUAUUUGUGGACACGCAUGAUCUGAGACUACCUUGGUCAUCGUUCUUCGCAAUAAGGAAUAUCAAAGCAGGAGAGGUACCGCUUUCGUUUUUACUUUGUUCGUAUGAUGCUAUUAACUUUCUCUACUUCUUCACUUUUUUCAAGAUGAAAUCAAAAUUAUGUAGGAAUUGAAG